AAACGUGUGUGCGUCUGUGUGUGUGUGUGCGGGUGCAAGUUCACGUGUGUUUGAAGCAUAUGAAUGAAUACAUGCACUGAAGUGGACUUCUCCAUCCAUCCUCUAUCAUCAAUUAACACUUUCACUCCACACAAACAAUGUCUGCCGAUCCAGCUGAAGCAAGUUUCAGAUCUCAGCUUUCCGGCUUUAGAUGGGCACAAGGGAGAACGGAUGAUUCGCGAGGAGCAAACGGUACAUCCUCCACAGGACCGGCAAGUUAUCUAUCCACUUUGGGAAGCAGUAUAAGCGGAUAUGUACCUUUACGAAGUAACGAACGUACAAAUGAAGAAGAAGCAUAUCUAAGUUUAAGCAGAUGGGAAAGAUUUUUGGGAUUCUUGGCUUGUUUGGGUGGAUCGGCAAUAUGCUUCUUCUUUUCGUUCCUCUUCCUUGCUCCGCCAAUCGUUCGACCUAGAAAGUUCGCCCUGGCUUUCUCAUUAGGAAGCCUGCUAUUUAUGGUCGGAUUCAGUAUUCUAUCCGGUCCUAUCGCACAUCUCAAACAUAUCUUAUCGAAAGAACGACUACCGUUUUCAGCGGCAUAUUUUGGAUCUCUCGGCCUGACGCUGUAUUUCGCCUUAGGACCAAAGUGGACCUUACCAGCUCUAAUUGCAGCAAUCGUUCAAAUUUGUGCAAUUUUGGCUUAUGUCGCAGCUUAUUUCCCGGGUGGUAUAACAACACUACGCUAUGGUGGAAGCAUGAUCUUGCGUGGAGGAGCGUCAUUACUACCAAUCUGAGAGCGAUACGGGUUACAUUAUCCCUUGUACAUUAUUGUUGAUUUUACACAUCGCAAUUCAUCCAUGCUAGGAGUAUCUGCGUGAAGAAAUCGCUUUUUGCUCCUGUUGUCAUUGGCUCGGAAACCUAAGAGAAUCUAUCGAGUCACUCUCAAGCGCCAUUACGGCCAUCUGUGGCAAGUAUAUAAUUGCAUAUGUGAUAAGAUAUGUGCAGAACUCUAAGGGUAAUAAAUGCUAAAAUGUGGAUAUAUACAAUGUUGAUCACCGAGUA